UUGGCCACUAGGAAAAACAAUAGAGGGCACUCCCGGGAAGGGAGGGAGCGUCGAAAAGAGAGAGGGGGGGGGGCCCUUACUUAAGAUGGCGGUCGAACGGACCUCAGCCGAGAUGGCAGCCCGGGAGAAACAGUGCCCUCAACCAAAAUGGCGGCCAAUGAAAAGAGACGCUCUUCCCCCGCGGCGGCGGCGGCAACCGGGACCGAUCAGGGCCGGUCGGCCUUGUCAGCGAACGGCGUCUCCGAGGGCGAGGCGGAGUUCCUCCUGCAGUCCGGCGUGACCGACAUGGUGCGAGAGGCUCUCCUAAAAGUCCUCGAAGCCCGGCCGGAGAAACCCGUCGAUUUCCUAGCCGGCUACUUCGAGAAGCUGACGCAGAGUAGUAGCCCGGAGGCGGCGGCGGCGGCGUCGACGGAGGCCUUGUCGGACGGCGGGGAUCCCCAGCGGCAGCUGCGUCUCGACCGGGCCUUGUGGUAUCUGGGCCUGGCCCACCAUUCCCACAGGACGGCCUUUAACAACAACGUCCACUCCGCCUACAAUGCUCUCAGUGCUGAGGGCAAGGGCAAGAAACCCGGCGUCGACGGGAAGACCUACAGCGAGCUGCUGCGACUGCUCUGCCAAGAGAGGGGCGCCUCCGACGAGACCUUGCAGCCCCUCCUGCAGAAGGUCUCGUGCCGGGAUCACGAAGCGGUGCCCUUCGACAUCUUCCGUUACGGCGUCCUCACCUGCCUGAUCCUUCUCGAGUUCCUAGCCAAGGCCGACGGUCUCUACGACGCCCUCGACGACGGCUCGGAAGCCGCCGAUAAAAGACUCUGCACGGCCGUGCUGGGCACCCUGGAAGAUGCCCUCCACAUAACCGACGCCUCUCCUCCCAUCCGUUGCUUGGAAGCCGGAUCCAAGCUCAGGCCAGACUGCUUGGCGAUGGCGAUGGACCGGGCGCUCUUGGAGAGGAAAGCCAGCGUGGCCAUGAAGAAGGACGAGUUCCUCAAGAGGGCUUCCUCCAUCUUUGUGACCAGAGUGAAGUCCGUUCACUGAACCGCGCAGGGAGAGGAGGUGUGGUUCUCUCUGGCUUUCCUGAGCGCCAGAGAUCUGUGAUGCUACAAGGGUGCAAAUGGACACGGACUAGGUCUGUUUUGGGGGUGCAGGCAAGGGGGAUCCCCAGAAUCGGUUUGCUGUCUUCCAUUCAGCAGGGCAGCUCCCUCUAAGGCACAUGUGGUGAAAUAUGGCUUCUUUUAGGAUCUGUGGACUUCAACUCCCAGAAUUCCUGAGCCAGCCAUGCUGGCUCAGGAAUUCUGGGAGUUGAAGUCCACAGGUCUUAAAAGGAUCAUAAUUGCUCACUCCUGCUCUAAGAUAUGCCCAAAAGCUGACCCGACCUCUUAUUAUUUGUUUACUUAUUUAUUAUUGGUUCUUAUUUAUUUACUUGUUUAAUUAUUGAUUUAGAUAUCCUUCAAGAGCUCAAGGCAGUAGUUGGAGCACAGCACUCCUAUAUUUUACCACAGUGAUAAUUUUAUGAGGUCGAUUAGGUUGGGAGAGAGAAAGGCUGGCCCAGUCACCCAGGGAGCUUUUGAAGAUGAAGGGGUUUUUUCCCCCUGCAAGGGCUUUCCUGCUGCCUUUAAACCACCCAAGUCCUUGGGCAUUCACGAUCAUUGGGGGGGUGGGGUGCGAGGGAUGAUUUGAGUCUUUUGUGGGACUGGGUGGAUUCUUGAGGGUGCCUGCAGUGGGGGAAGGGCAGUAGGAUUAGGUCUGUGUAUCCAAGCUUAGGAAGAAGGGGUGUCCAAACCUGGCAACUUUUAAGACCUGUGGAUUUUCAACGCCAGAAUUCCCCAGCCAGCCAUGGUUGGACACUCCUGUUUUAGGACACCUCUAUAUGGACACCUCUCAAGGAUCUGGUGGGCAAUUCGGCCCUAGUUGCCAUCUGAAUGGGCCAGAAG